GGUGGAGCGGUGAUUCGCCUCGUCUCCCCGCCUUCAGCUAGCAGCAGCAGCAGCAACGUUCAGUGGCAUCCGUCCAUUUCCUCUCUCCUGAACCGCCGGCAGGCCAACACCUCAAACUCCCACUGACAUGGCUGACCAACUAACAGAAGAGCAGAUCGCUGAGUUCAAGGAGGCCUUCUCCUUGUUUGACAAAGAUGGAGACGGCACCAUCACCACCAAAGAGCUGGGCACCGUCAUGAGGUCACUGGGUCAGAACCCGACUGAAGCUGAACUCCAGGACAUGAUCAAUGAGGUGGACGCCGAUGGCAACGGGACCAUCGACUUCCCCGAGUUCCUGACGAUGAUGGCACGGAAGAUGAAGGACACGGACAGCGAGGAGGAGAUCAGAGAGGCCUUCAGAGUGUUUGACAAGGACGGCAACGGAUACAUCAGCGCGGCGGAGCUUCGUCACGUCAUGACCAACCUGGGAGAGAAGCUGACGGACGAAGAAGUGGACGAGAUGAUCAGAGAAGCCGACAUCGAUGGCGACGGACAGGUCAACUAUGAAGAGUUUGUUCAGAUGAUGACAGCCAAAUGAACUGAGCUUACAAAGAAUCAGUCAAAUAUUUCACUUACCUCUUAUUGCAAAAAUCUACAUUUAAUCAUACUGUUCUGUAUAGACAAUUUAAACUGAAUGUUGGAAUACUGAAAAUCUGUCCAUAUAAACAAGUUCAAAAAAGGUAAAAGUUAAAAAAAAAAAAAAAAAAAAAAAGUUAAUCUGCAUGUACUGGCUUGUAUUCCCCACCCCUCCGCGCUGAGCCGACCAAUCAGAUCUCGGCUCAUUAGACGAGCGGCCUCGUGCAGCCGGCUAGUUUGGCCGCUGCCCCUCUGCUUCCUGGUUCCAUCUGCCUGAUGUCAUGAUGAUAGUUUGGGCGGGUCAGCCGCCUUUUCUUCUAUAAAGUCCUGUUCUGUUUUACUUUCCCUUUCGUGCAUGCAGCGUUAACAUGGGUUACUGUUGAGAUCUCAGUGACAGAAGGCUGUUUGUUGGGCCUCAGAGGAGGAAGGGGCGGUUCGCCGGGAUGGGAGCGAGCGGGCGGGCGAACCAACGGGACGCUUGCUUUAGCUAAAUAAAGUCAGUGACAGAUAUUUUUAAGAAAAAUUAAAAUGGAAUAAACAACUAAUUUUAGAUUUUGUGUUUCUGGCAUGUCUAAUAAUCACUAUCCUUUGUGUGUUUACUUUUUUUUUUUUUUUUUUUUUUUUUUUUUGGAGGGUGAAACGCCCCUUUGGCAGUCUUUGUCUUAUCCAAUUUGGAGGGAUGGGUGGGCUCUAAAGAUAAUUAUAUACAAGCACAGUUUCUGAGGCAGAGGUUUUGCACCAGCGCUGGCACCAGUGUGAGUAUUGGGUUGGAUGUUUACAGACACUGAGUUUAAAAGUAAGAUCCGAGUUUGUCUCGCCGCACACGGGUGCAGGCUGCUGUCUCUGAAGGCUGUGCAUGUAUGACUCGGCGUGGUUAGGGGGGGGGGGGGGGGGGGCGAGUUCCAGCUUAAUGGGGGACAGGGUCGGCGCUUUGCAGCAUUUCUACCUUGUUUUUGUGUGUGAGUUUGCCUGUGUGCGCGUGGGUUGCAGCGAGGCCCGACCCGGUCCAGUCCAGCUGUUCUGUUCGGUUCAGUUGAUCUGCAUUCCAAGAUGUACAAUGCUAGUCUUUACAUUUUGUUUUUCCAAUAAAAUCUCAUGAACUAAAA